UGCGAGUCGAUCAGUUCACUGGAUUUUAACCUUCAGUUUUCAGCUCGGCUGUGUCUGCGAGAGGCUCUCUGCAGAAGGACCGACUGUCUCCCAGCGCUGUGUUGUUGUUUUUUUUAUUAGUGUGUGUGUGUGUUUGUGUUUGAAUCAUGAGGCGUCUGCUGCUGCUGCUUCUGGGGCUCCUGCUCCUCCAACAGGCCCGCUGCUUUGAGUUUGUGAUAGACGGAGAAUGGGAAGACGAGACGUCACACAUACAGGACCAUCAGGAGAGACACAAGAGAGCGAUAUUGACCAGCGAGGAGCAGGAAGACUUUGAGGCCAUCCGUGGAGAUGACAUCACCGUCAAGAGCUACAAGGUGGAGAGCCGCAUCACGUCGCGCUUCGCCCACACCACCGUCCGCAGCUCCGUCAUCAACUCCGGCUCCAAAGCUCAGAGCAUCGGCUUCAACGUCCAGAUCCCCAAACGGGCCUUCAUCACCAACUUCACCAUGAAUGUGAACGGGAUCACAUUCGUGGGCUCCGUGAAGGAGAAGACGGUGGCCAGGAACCUGUACGCUCAGGCCCGAGCCCGAGGCAAGGCGGCCGGCAUCGUCAGGGCCAACUCUCAGGACAUGGAGACGUUUAAGACAGAAGUCCACGUCCCUCCAGGCAGCAACAUCGAGUUUGAGCUGCACUACCAGGAGAUGAUGCACAGACGGCUCGGCUUCUACGAACACUCGCUGUACCUGCAGCCCGGCAGGCUGGUGCCACAGUUCCAGGCGGAUGUUUACAUCUUUGAGCCGAAGGGAAUCUCCUCGGUGGAAACUCCAAACACGCUCGGCGCUCAGUUCAAUGAGCUGAUCAAAGUCACUCAGUCCAAAGACAAGGCUCAUAUUGUCUUCAAGCCGAACCUCCAGCAGCAGAGAAAGUGUGACAACUGCAGCGGCAGCGCUAUAGACGGAGUCUUUACUGUCAGAUAUGAUGUAACCAGAGACAGCAACGCUGGGGAGCUGCAGGUGUCAGACGGACACUUUGUCCAGUUCUUCGCUCCCUCCAACCUCUCUCCUCUUCCUAAAAACAUCGUGUUUGUCAUCGACGUCAGCGGAUCCAUGUGGGGAGUCAAGAUGAAGCAAACGGUGGCGGCCAUGCAGGCGAUCCUGGACGACCUGACCAUCGACGACCACUUCAGCAUCAUCGACUUCAACCACAACGUGCGCUGCUGGAGCGAGGAGCUGGUCGCCGGCUCCUCCAUCCAGGUCGCAGACGCCAAGAAGUACAUCCAGAACAUCAAACCCAACGGAGGUACAAACAUCAACGAGGCUCUGAUGAGAGCCGUCCAGAUGCUGGUGAGGGCGUCCAACCAGGGGCUCAUCGACCCUCGCUCCGUCUCCAUGAUCAUCCUGGUGUCUGACGGAGACCCCACUGUGGGUGAGAUCAAGCUGAGCACCAUCCAGAAGAACGUGAAGCGGGUGAUGAGGGAGGAGUUCUCUCUCUUCUCGCUCGGCAUCGGCUUCGACGUGGACUACGACUUCCUGGAGCGUAUCGCCACGGAGAACAGGGGCGUGGCUCAGAGGAUCUACGCCAACCACGACGCUGCAGAACAGCUGCGGACGUUUUACAGCCAGGUCUCGUCUCCUCUGCUGAGGAGGAUCACCAUCCAGUUCCCCGAGGACUCCGUGUCCGACGUCACACACAACCGAUUCGAUAAAUACUUCAGCGGCUCAGAGCUGGUGGUGGCCGGGAAGGUGCUGCCGUCUGACAGCAACACGCUGACCAGCUUCACCACGGCCUCCGCUGCCCGUCUGGACAUCACCUUGGAGACGGAGAGCGACACCUCGGAGCUGGACCAGGAGCUGGCCAAGCAGCAGCACUCCUUCACUGGUUUCGCCAGACAAAUGUGGGCUUACAUCACCGUCAAGCAGCUGAUCUCUGAGAGGUCUUUGGCUCCAACAGCCGCCAAGAAGAGGAAGAUCACGCAGCGCAUCAUGGCGCUCGCCGUGGAGCAUCAGUUCGUCACGCCGCUCACGGCACUGCUGGUGGAGAGCGAGGACGCCACGGAGAGGCUGCUGGCCGACACGCCGAAGGACCCCAAGCACGGCUGCUGCUCAGGAGGAGCAGGAGGAGGCUCGGCGUCUGCUGGUCUGGCUCCGGUGCGUGUGGUCUACCAGCCUCCCCCCUGGGUCCAGAUUACCACCACGCCCCCCCCGAGUCAGGCUGCGAAGGGCCCUGAGGAGUACGCCCUGCCCCAAACGGUCAACCUAGUGGAUAACGACCCUCACUUCAUCGUCCACCUGCCCAGCAGCAACAUGGACGUCUGCUUCAACAUCGACUCUAAACCGGGACACGUCCUCAACCUGGUGUCUGACAGCGGAACAGGUUUGGUGGUGAACGGUCAGCUGGUCGGCUCCAAACAGAAGCUCCAAAGCAAACGGAGCACCUACUUCGGCACCAUCUCCGUCUACUACCAGCCGGACGGCGUCAGCGUUACCGUCGGCACCGACCACAUCGCCAUGAGCGACGGCAGCAGCAACCACUCGUUCACCUGGAGCGCCACGGCCGACAUCACACAGGACGGCGUGAGGAUUUCCAUCGUGAAGGACUCUCACGUCUCCGUGGUAAUAAAUAAUAACAUCCAGGUGAUGGUGUUGCUUCACCGUGUGUGGAAGAAACAUCCGGUCAACGUGGACUUCCUCGGUAUCUACAUUCCCACCGAGAACCAGUACUCGCCACUGGUCCACGGACUCAUAGGGCAGUUCUCCAGAGAGCCUGAGGUGAGCGUGUACGACCUGCACCAAGGAGUCGACCCCCUGAAGAAGGAGGCCACGAUGGAGGUGAAGGGCAACAGGCUGUCAGUCACCAGAGGCUGGCAGAAGGACUACAGGCGCGAUAAGAGGCGCGGCUCCAGCAUCUACUGCUGGUUCGUACACAACAGCGGGAAGGGCUUCAUCGACGGCCACUACACCGACUACAUCGUCCCCGACCUGAACAGCUUCCUGCAGACGCUCUGAGCAGCCGGAGACGCGUUCAAGUACCCCACGCUGCUACUAACACACAUUUACAGUAAAAUAACAGUGAGUGAAAAUCAAGAAGACAGCUUUUAUCCCCACUGGUGUUUCAUCUUUCUGUAAUUAUUUUCCCAAAGAAAAA